UGCAACUUAGUUCGCUGAAGGCUCUCCUUAAGAUGGGUUCACCGCGCUUUCAAAUUUGUUUGGGUCUCCUAUUGAUCCUCGGUUUAAGGCUCGCGCAGGGUUUUCUCUUCUUUCCACGCCAGGGAUCCUUUGGGUUGCUGGCUGCUGUGGCUAUACCGCUGGAUCUUUCACCCAAAAAUGUGUACAUGGCCUUCAACUUUGAGUCCAACUAUGCGCUGCCCUCAAAUGAUUCCUACAAUCAGUGGAUCGAUAGGUGGGAUCUUGACGAUCCCUUCAUGGGUGUUCCUGGCAAUACUACACCCAUCAAUGCACGUGAUGGCGGCGCCUCCGAUGAAGAAAACGAAGUGAGACGCCGUUCGAUGAGAUCUCCGAUACCGUUCAGGCGCCACGACUUCUAUCGCAGCAUUAUCAACUACCUGACCCACUAUGGGUACAAUGGCUCCUCCUGCCUGCUGCGCACCAUUUGCGAGGUCAACGAAUCGCCUCUGGAUGCCCACAAUGGGGUACUGGGCAGCAUAUUCCAAAUUCUAUUCAUGCCAACGACGAGUGCCGCAGAGCGUCAACUGCAGCACGUGGACGAGCUCUACGAGGCCUCCGAUGCGGGCACGAGCGGCUCUGGCUGCUCCAAAUACGUGUCCAACUGUGGACACAGUUUGCUGGACCUGAUAAGCAUUGUGUUGUGAAUAAUUACCCACCACACACACUAGAACUAACGAAAAACUGAAAACUUUAAGUGCAGCUAGUGGGAAAUUUGGCACAAAAGAGAAAUUUUAAGUGCCCCGCUAUGAGACACAGAACUUUGUUCGGGAUUAAAGAGGUGUCGUAUAAGCAAUAAAGUUUCUAAGAUGUUCACCCGUACAACA